AUGAGUAUUCCGCAGGCAGAUCCUUCUAAAACUGAAGACAGGCCUUUCAUAGGCGUCUGGGACCCGCUGACAUGUGUCGACGAGAUACCAACGCCAUCGUGUCUCUCAAGGAUACGGCAAGAACUUUCAGAUAUCGAAGACAACCCCCUGCCGGGAAUCUUCGUGUGCCCUGAGGAUAACGACAUCACGCGGAUUCACAGCAUUAUAAUCGGACCUGCGGAAACACCGUACGAGGGCGGGUUCUUCCACGUGUUUGUGAAGUGCCCCGCCGCUUACCCGGCUGUGCCGCCGCAUGUUCGCUUGAUGACCACAGAUGCUGGCAAGAUAUGCCUCGGCAUCGUCGGCACCGGGCCAGGACCAGUGUGGACUCACGACAAGGGAAUAGGCAGCGUCUUGAUGAAGAUACAGUUGCUGCUGAGCGACGUCAUAACACCCACAGAAGCUUACUCUUCAGUGCUCAAAGACAAAGUGCGGCACGACACCGUCAGGGUGGCUGUGUGUGACGCGGUGGCAGCGUGUCUUCACAGCAAUCCUCCCUACCCGUCACGCCUGGCCAGGGUUAUGAUGAAAACAUUCACAGAGUCGUACGACAGGUACGAGGACCAGAUCAAAGCUCUGGGCGAGCUUGAAAGCUCGCGCAAUUUAGCCCAUAUGCUCGGUGUCAGCGUCACGUAUCUGUACCAGCCCCUUAUGUCGCGCCUGAAAAACCUCGGCCAGGAGGUGAAGGACAAGAUUCAACCUAGCGGCGGACUCACGGGACCCGGAAGCGGUGGAAUUUAG